CUGUGCGCGAGGAGGCAGGCAGUAACGUGAACGUCGGCUGGCGGAGACUGAUUGAAGCUGCUUAGAGGAGAAACUACAGCAGAAGGAAACACACACAGUCUGUCGGCUUGUCUCGCUCAAUUUUGUCAGAGCAAUCCCUUUAAAAUGGCGUACCACAGUCCGUACAGAGCUCCCCCGCAGAAUAACGCGGCUCCCGACCAGAGCUUUCUGUGGAAUAUCUUCCAGAGGGUUGACAAGGAUCGGAGUGGGGUGAUAUCAGACUCGGAGCUUCAGCAGGCCUUAUCAAAUGGCACAUGGACUCCUUUCAACCCGGUGACGGUACGCUCCGUCAUAUCCAUGUUUGACAGGGAAAAUAAAGGCGGGGUGAACUUCAGCGAGUUCGCCGGCGUGUGGAAGUACGUCACAGACUGGCAGAACAUCUUCAGGAACUACGACAGGGACAACUCCGGCUUCAUCGAUAAGAAUGAGCUCAAACAGGCGUUGACUGGAUUCGGUAUGCAGCAAAGCUACCGUCUAUCAGAUCAGUUCUACAGCACACUGAUAGAGAAGUUCGAUCGCCAGAGGAAGGGACAGGUGGCCUUCGAUGACUUCAUUCAGUGCUGUAUUGUACUACAGAGGUUGACUGACGUGUUCCGGCGUUACGAUACAGACCAGGACGGCUGGAUCCAGGUUUCAUAUGAACAAUAUCUAUCCAUGGUCUUCAAUAUAGUAUAACGCACACAGAUCAUCACAAAAGAGCACAACUGGACACAACUGUGCCAAAGCUACCGGCACCUCCCAGACGUCUACCAUGGCGGACACUACAAGAUUAUUUUUUUAAACCUAAUUUGUAGCCCCAGUUUGGCUGUUUCACACAAAUUUCUAAAAUAAACACAAGGAUACUUAAAGUAACCCUAUGUUUUGGGGGGUUGUAAUACCCUCUAGAUGACAGUACUGGUCUGGAGGUACAACCGCAAUGCUCAAUGUACUUAAAAAAUAAAAUCUUGUAGUGUUUUGUUUGAUGACAAA